AUGCUGGACGAGGCUGUGGCCAUCGUCAUGGCCCCCACCGACAGCCGCAACAAGUGCGGCAUCUUCCGCCUCACCACGCCCGGCGGCCUGCAGCUCGUCCAGAAGUGCCCGCUGCGCGGCUUCCACACGCACCCGCCGACGGCCACGGGGCAGGAGGUGUACGAGCUGUGCGGGCACGUGUACCUCAACCCGCGCACGAAACACGACGUGCUGGACCUGCGGUAG